AUGACUGGUGAAGAGUUAAUGCAAUUUUAUGAAAAUGACAAGCAUCUUGGAAAAUUUCUUCAUAUUAUUAAAGAUUCGCCUGUUUAUCCAGUUAUUUAUGAUAGCAAUCGUAUAGUUUGCUCAUUGCCUCCUAUAAUUAAUGGAGAACAUUCAAAACUUACAUUAGCAACAAAAAAUGUUUUUAUUGAAUGUACAGCAACUGAUCUAUCAAAAGCAAAAAUUGUAUUAAACACUGUUGUUACUAUGUUUUCUGAAUAUUGUGAGCAACCUUUCACUGUUGAACCUGUUGAAGUUAUAUAUCCGGAUGGCACUUGUCACACUUAUCCAAAUCUUAAUCCACAUGUAGCAAUUGCUUAUGGAUUUAACAAUAUUCCAAAAACUUUUCCCAACAGUGCUACUGUAGGGAAAGCAUUUCCAAUUAAUAAAUUAAGCGAUUUGGUUAGAAGAGAAAUUGCCUUAUCGGGAUUCACCGAAGUAUUGCCUUUGAUUUUGUGUUCUCAUGAUGAAAAUUUUGCAUAUUUGAAUAAAAAAGAUGACAAUAAAACUGCCGUAAAAUUGGCUAAUCCAAAAACUGCAGAAUAUCAAGUUGUUCGUACUUCACUCUUACCGGGAAUAUUGAAAACUGUUAAAGAAAAUAAAAAACAUUCUUUACCAAUAAAAGUUUUUGAAGUAUCAGAUGUGGCUUUUAAGGACGAUUCACAAGAAAGACCAAUUAAAAUAUCUGUUUAUAUAGGCAAAGCUGCUUUUGCAAGAUUCGGUGACAAUGAUAAAGUCAAAGGUGUAGUCACUUUUGUUGAAUCGUUUGACGCUGGCAGUAGUAAUCGACGCCUAGUUAUAACUGCAGUGUUCUCCAAGGGUUUUGUGAGCUCGAGUAUUAGUGAUUAUAAAUUUCUCAUUGAAGGCGGUGGUAAUCUGAAUGAUAUUUUUUCAAACUUGGUAAUUGAUCCUCCUAGAGCCAAAAUUUUUGACUGCACUUUUAUUAUCAAUGGGCCUAAAGUUAAAGAUCUCAUUGGAAAGCAAUUCGUUAUUAAGUUAAACAAUAAACAAAUUGGCCGUGAUAAAAUUUCAGCUAUUUAA